UGCCGUGUCCUGUGGAGGUCACGUUCGAAAAUGCUUUCUCUGCUCUCUCUUGGAAGGAAAAGCUCAUUUGACAUAGUCAUUGUCGGAGGUGGAAUUGUGGGGCUUGCUUCUGCCAGAGCACUUAUCCUGCGGCAUCCAGAACUUUCUAUUGGUGUUGUGGAAAAGGAGAAGGACUUAGCCAUUCACCAGACUGGACAUAACAGUGGGGUCAUUCAUAGUGGAAUUUAUUAUAAACCUGAAUCUCUGAAAGCUAAGUUAUGUGUACAAGGUGCAGCCCUCAUGUAUGAGUACUGUGACCAAAAGGGAAUCUCCUACAAGCAGUGUGGCAAGCUUAUAGUAGCUGUUGAACAAGAAGAAAUUCCCAGACUUCAGGCCCUAUACCAGAGAGGCCUGCAGAAUGGUGUCCGAGGCCUAAGGCUAAUCCAGCAAGAAGAUAUAAAGAAGAAGGAGCCAUAUUGCAGAGGUCUAAUGGCCAUCGAUUGUCCAUAUACUGGCAUUGUGGACUAUCGGCAGGUUGCUUUGUCAUUUGCACAUGAUUUCCAACAAGCAGGUGGCUCUGUCUUAACCAAUUUUGAAGUAAAUGAUAUUGAAAUGGCUAAAGAAAACCCUUCAGGAGCUGAAGCUGGGAUGAACUAUCCAAUUGUUAUAAAGAAUACGAAGGGAGAAGAAGUUCGGAGCCAGUAUGUUGUGACGUGUGCGGGCCUUUACUCAGACCGUAUUUCAGAGUUGAGUGGCUGCAGUCCCGAUCCUCGAAUUGUACCAUUCCGGGGAGAUUAUCUACUCUUAAAGCCAGAAAAAAGCUAUCUUGUAAAAGGAAACAUUUAUCCGGUCCCAGAUAGCCGGUUUCCUUUCCUAGGAGUCCACUUCACACCAAGGAUGGAUGGCAGCAUUUGGCUGGGACCUAAUGCAGUUCUUGCUUUUAAACGAGAGGGUUACAGACCCUUUGACUUCAAUACCAGAGAUGCUUUGGACAUAAUUAUUAAUAGUGGCUUAGUUAAACUGGUGUUGCAAAAUUUUUCCUACGGAGUUAAUGAAAUGUAUAAAGCCUGUUUUCUUGGUGAAACAGUGAGGCACCUUCAGAAGUUCAUCCCUGAAAUUACCAUCAGUGACAUACUUAGAGGUCCAGCUGGGGUGCGAGCGCAGGCCCUGGACAGAGAUGGGAAUCUGGUAGAAGAUUUUGUGUUUGAUGGAGGAGUUGGGGAUAUUGGAAGUCGUGUUCUGCAUGUGAGAAAUGCGCCUUCCCCCGCUGCCACUUCUUCCCUUGCAAUUUCUGAAAUGAUUGCAGAUGAAGUACUACAAAGAUUUGAGUUAUGAAUCAUGAAAGGAGCUAGGUAUGUGCUAUAAUCUCACAUCAGCAACAGCUGUGUACUAAUUGCAUCCUUCAAUUUUAAUCUUGGAAAAUGUUUUUUCAAAACACAUUUUUAGAUCAAAGAGUACCACUGAAUUGUUAAAAUGAUGUAACACAAGUGGUUUUUUUUUUUAAUUAAGGUACAUUUUCUUUGUGAAUAAAGAGGCACAUAAUACAGUUGUAUUUGUUCUGAAUGCCUGGCUUUGCUAAUACUCUGUCCUUACCAAUUGUGAAUCAGACAGUAUUUAUUUGACUCUUUUAGAAUUUUAGGAAAUGAAGUCAUAAGAACAGAUUUUUUUUUUCUCUAAGUCAGUUUUUUAGUGUUAUGAUACCUAAUUUCAGUUUCUUUUAGACAAAAUAUGGUAUAGCAUAGAUUGGAAAAAAAAUUUUUUUAAUCUUGAAGAGUCAUAGAAGAGCUCACAUUAUUUAGAACAAUAUUUGUAGUUAAAAUUAAUAAUUCUUGAUUUGAGGGGGUGAGCUUUUGGCAUAGCAGUUAAGAUGCUGGUUGAGAUACCCUUGUCUCCCAGUGAGCAAGUUUUAUUGCUGCUCAGGUUCCUCGAGUUCUGCCUUUUGCUUAAAUAGCUCCUAGAAACAGCAGGCAAUGUCUCGGAUAAGGAAAUCACUGCCACUCACGGAGAUCUUUGAUUGUGUGCCUGGCUCCUGGGUUUGACCUGACUGCUUCCUAGCUUUUGAAGGAAUUUGAGGGGUGGAGCCAACAGGUGAGAGCUCUCUUUCUCCCAUUGUGUCAGCCUCUCAAAACAAAUAAACAGAUUCUUUUAAAAAGGAUU